AUGUCUAAUGAUGAACUAUCACCUACAAUAUCUUCGAUGACAAAAAAUUCUAUAUCACGUAAAUAUCAUAUUUUAAUUGAUAAUCACAUAUUAGAAAGAAAGAUUAAUGAUGAACUUGAUAACAAUAUAAUUCCAACUAUAGGAAUUAAUACAUCAUCAAAACUACCAUUUCUUCCAACAAAAUCCAAUGUUUUAUCUUCGACACUUGAAACGAUGCAAAUGAAAAAAAAUCGUAAGAAAUCAAAAGGUACUAUUACAACAUCAUCAUCAUUUAAACUUGAACGACAAACAACAAAUAUUCCAUCGAAAAUACGUUUACCAACAUUAUGUACAACACCAAAUGAUAAUGAACAAAAACGAAAAUCUGAAUAUCAGCGAAGACAAAUCUAUGCAUUAAAUAAUUUAAUGCGUGAAUUGGAACAAGAAAAAUUUCGAGAAUUUUUCAAGCCUAAUGAUGUUACUCCUGUAAAUACUGAAGAAGUUGUUGUUUCGAAUACUGAAGAUUCAACUAAACCAUCAUCAAUCUGA